AUGAUGUUACGAUAUUUAUUAUGUCUAUUCACUUUAAUUGCUUCAAAUAAUGGUCAACGUAUUUAUAAGGAAUCAAGUGAAUGUCCAGGCAAUCUUAAAUGGAGUACAACAGGAAAAACAGUUAUGGGUGGUUAUGCUUCAGGCUUAUUAAGUUUACCUACAGGUUUAUUUAUUGAACCUAAAACACAAAUUUUAUAUGUUUCUGAUAAUACUAAUAAUCGAAUUCAAAAACUUUAUCCAAAUGGUGAAGUAACAACUGCAGCUGGUCAAGCAAAUGGUACAGGUGGAUCAACAUCAGAUACAUUAUGGAAUCCAGUAGAUGCUUUUGCAGACGAAAAUGAAAAUGUUUUUGUUGCUGAUUGGAAUAAUCAAAGAAUUCAACUUUGGAAAAAAAAUGCUAAAAGUGGUAAAACAGUAGCAGGAAAUGGUACUCGUGGUUCUGCAUUAAAUCAAUUUAGUUAUCCAAGUAGAGUUUUACUUGAUUCAAACAAAAAUAUUAUUGUUGCUGAUACACAAAACGAACGUAUAACAAAAUGGCCAUCUAAAUUUGAUCCAAAAACAUCUGUCGGCACAGUUAUGGCAGUAAGUUAUUCAUUUCAUUUUUAUAGCACGACAAAAAAAAGGAUACCGCCGGAUAAGAUCGUAAAUCUGCCACCCCCCUAGUUC